AUGUCUCUACUCUUCAAACAUCUCCGCAUCCAUCAAGUCUUUGGCGCAAACACCGAUGUCGGCAAGACAAUCCUCACCACUGCUCUCGUGCGCGCAUCCGCCGCGUCAGGCGUGCCCGUUCAUUACCUGAAGCCCGUUAGCACUGGUCGGAUGGAGGAUGCGGAUGAUAUGCAUAUUGAGCGCUUUGCUGGCGCACAGAACAAGAUGAUACAAAGCGCAUGUCUAUACAGAUUUGGGGAACCUGUCAGUCCACAUCUGGCGGCAAAGCUUGCAGGAACAGAGAGCCAUAGACAGCUUGAGGUUCCUUCCGAUGCCGAUUUUUUGACCACUGUUUCGUCUCACAUCAGGCAGUCGGCCGCUAGCUCCGCACAGAAUAGUCAUAUGUAUGUUGAGACUGCUGGAGGUGUCCACAGCCCGACACUCUCCGGGACGACCCAAGCAGACUGCUACCGUCCCCUUUUUCUGCCGACUGUCCUGGUUGGAGAUGCUAAUCUCGGCGGGAUCUCCUCGACCAUCUCCGCUUAUGAAUCACUCCUCCUUCGUGGCUAUAUCGUUGACCUCAUCCUUCUGUUCCGCGACGAAUACUACCGAAAUGCCGAAUACCUUGAUCCAUAUUUCGCGGAGCGUGGCAUACGCUUACUUUCUCUGGAGCGUCCACACUCGCGCCUUGCGAAUCCUCGUGACGAACGCGUAGAGAUGGAGCGAUACUACUCUCGACUUGUUCCUGAGCAGAAACAAGGCGGUAUAUUCGAUGCCUUGGGGCAUCUCGGCUCAUGUCACGAGAAGAGAAUUGCUGAGCUAGACUCCAUGCCCCAGCGCGCGCUAAAUACGUUAUGGUGGCCAUUUGUGCAGCAUGGACUGGUUGUUAGUAAGGCAGACGUGAACGUCAUUGACAGCGCGUCACACGACUUUUUCUCCGUCUAUAAUGGCCAUAAGACCAAUCCUCAUCCAGAGACAAGCUCGUCGAUGUCUUCUGUUCCCUCCGCAUCAUCUUCGUCACUCUUGGAACCUCAAUUGGAUGGGUCUGCAUCUUGGUGGACGCAGGCUCUUGGCCAUGCUAAGUCUGCACUGACGCUCGCCGCUGCUCGUGCUGCAGGCCGCUAUGGACACGUCAUGUAUCCCCAAGCAGUGCAUGCCCCUGCCCUGCAACUCGCUGAGCGGCUCAUACAUUCUGGCCCAGGGCAUGGUUGGGCAUCGCGCGUAUUCUUCUCGGACGAUGGCUCCACAGGCAUGGAGGUCGCACUCAAGAUGGCUUUACGUGCGUUCGCCGUGCGCCAUGGUAUUGUCGGUGCCGCGCGGAAGCAGUUAGGCGUGUUGGGUCUUCGAGGGAGCUACCACGGGGACACGAUUGGAGCUAUGGACGCCUGCGAGGAAGGUGUGUAUACGUGCGAGUGGCACCAAGCGCGCGGAUACUGGCUCGACGCACCCACAAUUGGAAAUCGCAAGGGACGGAUCGACAUUUCUCUCUUGCCUGCCAUCGCUGAAGAUGCUGGAUAUGAUCACGUCGAAGUUGGUUCGUUACAUGAGGCGUACGACGUUCGGAGCAGGCUAUCGACCCCGCUCGCCGCUGUAUACAGACGGUUCGUCGAACGCACGUUAAAGAAGCUGAAGGAGAACGGCGGCCCGACGUUGGGAGCACUCGUACUGGAGCCGCUCGUGAUGGGCGCUGGUGGAAUGAUCUUUGUUGACCCCCUCUUUCAGCGCGUCUUGGUUGAUAUCGUGCGCGGGUCGUCGCCUCUACGCGAAGGAGAGUGGUCUGGACUCCCCGUCGUCUUCGACGAGGUGUUCGUCGGCUUGUAUCGCCUCGGCGUGCGGAGCGCGUCCUCCAUUCUUGGAGCCUACCCUGACAUCAGCGUCCAUGCGAAGAUCCUCACGGGCGGACUUGUACCCCUCGCAGCGACGCUCGCGUCUGACUCUAUCUUCAGUACAUUCUUGAGCGAGAACAAAACCGAUGCGCUGCUGCACGGCCAUAGCUACACCGCGUAUCCAGUUGGGUGCGAGGUUGCGAACGAGACGCUGGCCAUUGUGGAGGAGCUGGCCGCGAGCAGCGCGUGGGAUGAUGCACGCAUGCGGUGGGGUGCACCGAUAGGCGAAGGGGAGAGGCAGACGGCAGUCUGGAGUUUUUGGGACCCGGCGUUCGUUAGCCGUAUUGCAGCACUGAACUGUGUGAGUGAAGUCAUGGCCCUGGGGACGGUGCUCGCUGUGCACAUACGCGAUGAAGCUGCUGGAUACCAAUCGCAUUCCGCGCAUAAAAUGCUCGAGCCUCUUAAUUUGCGCACGGAUGAUGCUCUUCCGUCAUCCGCCCCUGGAGGAGCGCCGUUUGGGUUCCACUACCGGACGUUGGGCAACGUUGCAUAUUUCAUGCUGAGCCUCAACACGCCGUCUGAUGUUGUUCGUGCGGUAGAGGAGAGGAUACUUGUUACUCUUCAGGCGACUGAUACUGUAUAA